GCACAGGGUGGGCCGCGGCUGGCGGGUUUGGUGCAGAAACGGGCUGUGGCCAAGCCGAGAAAGCGCGCCCAGCGGCCGCCCUGCGAAUCCUCCGUAGGCGGGGCCGGGACUGCUGUGAGCUAAUAGGAACGGGGGCCGGGCGUUCGGUCUCGCCGCUGCAGUCGCAGAGCAACCACGCGGCUUUGACCGUCUAUUUCAAAGGGCUUCGGGGUCUUGCGGAUGGGGAUCACUGCGGGCACUGGAAACCUGCCGGCCCCCACCCAGCCGCCUCUCAGAUUCGUGGCGACCGCACCCUUCUGGGUAGCGGCGCCAGGCCCUCUGCCGUCCCCACCGCUCGCAGCCACCAGGAAACCCCGCGGCCGCGCUCGAGCGCGCGCCCUCCGACCACAUGCACCCGCACACGCAUGCUCCCAGCGCUCCCACGCGUGCUGACACCCUCCCGGCUUCCGCCCACGCAGUCGCGGGGCCCGGGCGCGCGGGCUCGGGGCAGCUGCGCGGCGUCCUUGGAGGCAGGUGCUGGGGGCAAGACGAGCUCUCGGAGGAUGCUGCGGCGCGGGGCGCGUCGCCCCCCUCAGUCCACCAGAGCCCGGAUACCUCAGAAAUUCGGCUCUGGGUCUGUGGGGAGCGAAAUGCAACCCAAACCCCGUUUUUCCGAACCCCGCGCAAAUAAACACGCACAAGCACGCACACAGACGUCGCCGCGACCGGCGCUCGCCGCCGCAGGUCCAGGCCGCCGGCCGGCCGGGCCGCGAGGGAAGAGCCCAGGCCCGAGAGGGGUCGCCGCUUACGUCUCGCAGCCCGAGGGGCGGCCGCUCGGCCUCGGCCGCUCACAGGCGCGACGUAAAGGCCCGGCGUCACCGGCCCGGCUUAACGGUGCAACGGCUGGCCUGGGCCUGCAACUCUGGGGUCCCGGCCGGGCUGGAGCGGCCGCCGGAGAGACCUGUUCACUGCAUUCGGUUCUUGCGGUCCUUUCUUAAGCGGCUCGCAGGGUCCCGAGCCCCUCAGCUCCCCGGGCCUCGGUGGCCCAGGGCCCAGCUCAGCCGACUGGGCAGUCGAUCUAGGUCCUGAGAAGAGCGGCAGCGGCGGCGGCGUCGGCGGCGGCGGCGAAGGAAAAGCGACACUGAAGCGAAGGCUCGCGGUUUCGGCCUAAAGGAAAGUGCAGGGGAGUCCCGGGUCUCGGGUGACACCCCCACGCCUUGAGCGGGACUAUGGUUGCGAGGGAGGGACGAGAAAACACGCCUACGCCCUGCGUGCGCUGUGCUGACUACCUCUCCAGCAUGGAGGCUUCCAGAUGAGCAGACACCCGAAUCCCAGCGGGAGCCCGUCAAAAAUGGAGAUUUCUGCCGUCACUCUGGGACUCUUAAUUCGGUCCGUCUGGGGUGGGGCCCAGGAAUCUGCAUUUCUGAUAAGGUCACCCGCUCCCCUCCCCCAUUAUUCCAGUGCAAAGAGGUCCUAGGCCCAGUGCCCAUCAGCUCCUCAAGACACGAAUUACUAUAUCUUUUUCUGACAACUGUUAACUUUGUACAAGGUUAGCAAAUAAAUCCAGGAAUGAA